GUCAUGCCCGCCCAUUACUCGUAAUAUUUGAAUUCAAGUUUUAUCCCUACUCAUUAAAAACCCUUUGAGUUCAAAUUUAACCGCUGAUCGAGGCUGAAUUUGAGGGAAUAUCCCCGGAUACAGUUAAUUUUGCCAUCUCUCAUUUGAAUGAUUGAUGAAAAUGAACGACAAUAUUGUUUUGUUAUACUACGAUAUUCAUAUGUCCAUUUUCUGAUUUUUUAAAAGUUUGUGAUCAUUUUGUUUAUCUGUAUAGACGAUGUGACCAUUUUGGUCAAUUAUGAAGCGAAAGAAAGAGUCCAAACAAGCCUUACUUACUGGUCGAAAGUCGAAACGUAUUGAGCAGCAACUAACCAAUCCGGCAGCUCAGACACGAAACUCCACCAACGAAGCCGUCUAGGCGUUGUCUUCACCUGUGGGGGUUUCUGAGGCUUCACAAAUUCUUGGUCCGCCCCAAAAACCCUCUCUACUGACGAGAUCCGCUCCAAUGGCGAAACUCGCGAUCUUCUUCGCUCUGACACUCUCAUUUCUCCCCUUCCUCUCCCACUCCUUCUCGCCGGACACCCCGACCGACCGCCGGAUCUUGGUAUUGCUCGACGAUUUCUCCCUCAAAUCCUCUCACUCCAUCUUCUUCACUUCCCUCAAGUCCCGUGGCUUCGAUCUCGAUUUCAAGCUCGCCGAUGAUCCCAAGCUCGCCCUCCAGAGAUACGGCCAGUACUUGUACGACGGCUUGGUCUUAUUCGCCCCCUCAGUCGAGAGGUUUGGAGGUGCAUUGGACGUUGCAGCUGUGCUUGACUUCGUUGACUCCGGUCAUGAUUUGAUCGUAGCAGCUGAUACUACCGCUUCUGAUUUGAUCAAGAGCGUCGCUACGGAGUGCGGAGUCGAUUUCGAUGAGGAGCCAUCAGCUAUGGUUAUUGAUCACCAAAACUAUGCGGUGUCUGAUGUUGAUGGUGACCAUACACUGAUUGCUGCUGAUGAAUUGAUUAACUCGGAUGUGAUCCUCGGGAAGACUAAGAUUGAGGCUCCAGUGCUUUUCAAGGGUAUUGCACAUUCCUUGAAUGCUGCAAACACUCUGGCAUUGAAAGUCCUAUCUGCUUCUCCAUCAACAUAUUCAGCUCAUCCAACUGCCAAGCUGUCAAGUCCCCCUUCACUGACUGGAUCUGCAAUCUCGUUGGUUUCAGUUGUGCAGGCAAGGAACAAUGCACGUAUUAUGAUCUCUGGCUCUUUGGAUUUGUUUAGCAAUCGGUAUAUGAAAUCAAGUGUGCAGAAAGCUGGGAGCCAUUCAAAAUAUGAGAAGUCUGGCAAUGAGCAGUUUGUAAUUGAACUUAGCAAAUGGCUUUUCCAUGAAAGAGGUCACUUGAAGGCUGGAAACCUCAGGCAUGUAAAAGUCGGGGAGACCAACGAACCUGCCAUGUAUAGGAUCAAGGAUGACCUUGAAUUUUAUGUGGACAUAUACGAGUGGUCUGGGAACAGCUGGGAGCCAUAUGUGGCUGAUGAUGUUCAGGUUCAGUUUUAUAUGAUGAGCCCAUAUGUAUUGAAAACUCUAUCAACAGACAAGAAGGGUCUUUACCAUACAUCGUUCAAGGUGCCUGAUGUAUAUGGAGUCUUCCAAUUCAAGGUUGAAUACCAGAAGCUUGGGUACACUAGUCUGUCACUUUCUAAACAGAUUCCGGUGCGCCCCUUUAGACACAAUGAGUAUGAAAGGUUCAUAACAACUGCCUUCCCAUAUUAUGGAGCUUCCUUUACUACGAUGGCUGGGUUCUUUAUCUUCAGCGUCGUCUACCUAUACAACAAGUGAGCCUGAUUAGAGCCGAGCCUUGCACUAGGAUGCUUUCUUCCCGGCCAUUCUUGGACCUUGACAGACAACAAUCUGCCGCCUUCUCCAGCACCCUUCUCGACUCUGUUAUUUACAAGGAAGUUAGAGUUACAGUAGAAGUCAGUUCUGUUGUUUAGUAAAAUUACAUGCAUCUAAAGAUUUUCGUCGUCAAGACUGCUCAGCUGUACUAGAAUCAAAUGCUCAGAUAGAGUUCGUUAGUGUCAGUUGAACUCUGGAAAACAGAAGCACUGAGAUUUUGAUCUAAGCUGGAAAAAACAAGUUGGAUAUGCUCACUAGCUUAUGUUUUAUGUAUUACCUUUCCUCUCUCAACAUUCUCGUUAGUCGUUAUGUUAUGCUAAACUUCUCUUCGAAAAUGUGCGGUGACUUGAAGGCGUAGCAGCCUAGCACGGCUUAAAUAAGGUGUGAUAUCACAGCCAUAUCCACCAGUCUAGGUCACCUGAUCCAGAUUCGUUUUAUUUGGCCAGUUUAGCCGUGCAACUUAAUUAUGGUUGUCGAACCAGUAGCAGGAGGGGAAAGGAGAGUAGCAAGACAAAAUAAGAAUUUUCUAAAUUAGUGUAUAUAUUAUUUUUGCAAUGUCGUGUAGCGGUAAAUUGGUAAACCACGUAAAAAUCUUUUGUAAUAUAUAAUGCGGCGGAAACAUGGAAGCUCACAUUAUAGCUCAUACAGAGACCAGAUGGAAAUGAGAGGGAAGUUUGGUAUGAUAGGCCACCUAUGAUUCUUGUUGAUCAGAUCUAGUUGGACAAUGUUGUCUGAUUAAUAAAGUAUUUACAGAUUUGAUAAUACAAAAAAUAAAAAUGCACGGUGCCAUAGCGUAGAUAUCGUUCAUGAUUGAAAUUUGAAAGGAGUGAGGAUAAUCUAUUAUACUUGUCUUUUUUUCUAUUAAACUUGUCCGUGUACCCACUCCAACAACAAUUGCUAUCAUGAAAUGCAUUGUUACGUUAAUAAUAUUAUUAUAUAUAAAGCAGAAGUUUGGUUACUGUUUCUAAAAAAUUCACAUUUUGAUACCCAAAUUUAAUUUUAAGGUAAAAUCAUUGAAUAAUUAUGUUUCGGUAUCUCAUUUAAUACAUUUAUGUGAUACUAAACAAACUUCUACUAACUACCCCAAAUUUAAUUAAAUCACAACUUAGUCACUAUAAUGUAGAUUUUACAUUUUGAUACCCCAAAUUUGAUUUUAUUGUAAAAUCAUUGAAAAAAUAUGUUUUGGUAUCUCAUUUAGUACAUUUAUGGGGUACUAAACAAACUUCUACUAACUACCUGUAACAAAAUAUGCGACAUCUACAUAAGCAAGUGUCAAUAAAUUGCUACGGUGAAAAGAGUUGAAUGUUGUAUUGACGACCAACUAAAAGAAUCGGACAAAACAUUUCCAUCAUCUACUUCCUCUUCGUUUCAUUUUUUCACUCACCUUCCAUAACCCUUUCUUUAUUUCUUUCUUUGCCUUCUUCGUCUAACCCUAAUUAGGAUACUAUUUUUAUGUAUUCCAAUCACAAGUAUGAAUUAACGGGUCCAUACACGACUCACCAACAAUCUAGGGCACUAAUAAUUGAACCAUGAACCACUAACUUUUUUUCAUCUCAAUGUCGAGUCCAAUAAAAAAUAAAUAUAUAUGGUUAUUACUUAUUAGAAAUUUGUCAUUUUCCACUAUGGGAUUUGAAGGCAUGAAAUUCUAAGCGAGUUCCAAUUUUUAUUCCUUUUGCUUGUCUCUAAAGUUUUUCUUUUUCACCGGGACUAGAAUUUUCAACAAUUAUACAUUGAAUGUUUGGGGGUAAUAAUCCCAACUCCAAAAU